AAUGAUAUAUUUUGCAACACUAUACAGCAGAUUUUGAAUAUUGUUAAUUUUCCAUAAAAUGGAAAUGCGAACUUGUAGUAUAUGUGGAAAAAGCAGCGACACGGGGGAGGAUGAACAGUUGUACGGGGAAUGGAUGAUAAACCAGGAUAUUACUGUUCACUAUUUUUGCCUGCUCCUAUCGACGAAUCUGCAUCAACGCGGUAGUGAUACUGCCGGAAUCCUGGGCUUUCUAUUAAAGGAUAUACGCAGAGAAAUUGCUGCGGCCAAGCAACGCAAGUGUGUCUACUGCCUGGAGAAUGGAGCCAGCAUCAACUGUUGCAAGUGCGGGAAAUGCUUUCACUUGGUCUGUGGCAUAGAGCAACAUGUUCUCUCUGAGUUUUGCCAUGGCUUUCAAAGUUAUUGUGGCGAAUGCCGACCCAUUGAUGAUUACCAGAAGGAACUAAUAAAGAAUCCACCCCAACCGGUGCCCAUAUGCAACAUAUGCUAUAAACCGAUCCUGGCAUUUGCUUUGCAUCGUGUUGUCUAUGGCGAUUGCUGCCGUAAGGGAUUUGCCCAUCGCAAUUGUAUGCGCCGGUAUGCCCUAUCCUCUGGGUAUUAUCUGCGAUGCAUCUGGUGUCGCAAUGAGAAAUUUCGGGAUCUAAUACGCUUGCAAUCGAUCUUUGUACCCGAUCGUGACGCCACAUGGGAGAGAGAACGCAAUGCUUAUAGAGAACUCCAUACCAGGCACUUGACAUGCCAAAUGACAGAUUGUAUCUGCACCAAGGGACGCGACUACAAUAGAAACACCUGGGAAAUUGUGUCAUGCAAGCUGUGCGCCUCGACAGCAGCCCAUCUCAAGUGUCUUCCUCCGCAUCAAAAGCAGGCUAAAUGCUUUAAAUGCGAAACUUGUGAAAAUGUAGAAAAGAAAUUGAUGACAAACGAUAAACGUGAUCGUUGCUCCAAAGUGGGCACGAAAAAUACCAAAAUUGAUUCAUCAUUCUUUAUGACAAAGACUGGAACUAACCAAAACGAGAUUCUCAUGCCAGAUGAUGAUGUUUCGCCAGUGGUAUCCGAUGACGAUGAUACUGUAUCCACCAUAUGCAGUCAAGUCACUGUAAUACCUAGCCAAAGGUCUGAAGCGAUAAGUACACCCUCGAUUGAAGUACCCAAAUCGACUCCUAAUGGUGAAAUUGUCCAGGAUACUCGACAUGUUAUGCGUCCGCCGCUUGCCUUGAAAGAAUCUUUUUAUUGCUUAGAUGAACCAUAUUUCUAUUUGGUUAUCUAUCAAUUUGAUGAUCUGACAGAUGAGUGUACGGGAACCUGUACGCUGCGCUUUAAAGAUGAUGAUGAGCGUAUCAAGGAUCAAUCAGCGAAAGCACUCGAGCAAUUGCAACUACGCGACGAGGACAUUUGGUUUCAAGAUUUAGAACCGGAAUCCAUUUCGCUAUUGACUCAAUAAAUCAAUUCAAUUAGAGAAUAAAUAAAUCACAUAUCUAAUAUUUAA